AUGCGUUCGUCAAUUGUUGCUGCGAUAACCUUCAGCCUUCUUCAAAUCUUGGAUUGUCAAGGCGGCACUCCCAUUAACCGUCAAAGUUUUUUCGAUCUUGAACUUCUUCGGUACUCAGCAGAGAAAAAAAAUGGAAAUGUAAUGAUUUCGCCAGCUAGCAUAAAGUCCACUUUAGCUAUGCUAUUAGAAGGAGCGAAUGGGCCGACUGCUGCGGAAAUCAAAACUGCCCUCAGAGUGUCUCCCCAGAACGAUGAGUUUAGAGAAGAACUAAAAGUGUUCUUGAGGGCUUUUGAGGCUAACAGUCCUACCGUUACUCUACAAAAUGCGAAUGCGUUAUUCAUUUCCAACAAACUCAAAUUGAAGAAACUGUACAAGGCAAUAGCACAAGGCUUGUAUCUUGCAGAGUUAGAGAAAGUGAACUUUAAUAAUCCUAAGACCGCCGCUGACGCAGUGAAUAAGUGGCUAGAUAAGAAAACUCAUGGACUAAUACCUAGUAUUAUUGAUGAAAGUGACAUUUCACCGUCUACACAGAUGAUAAUAACCAAUGCCCUCUACUUCAAGGCACCUUGGAAGAACAGCUUCAACAUUAAGAGGACCGAAAGAGACUGUUUCUUUAAUAAUGGCUUCUGCAGAAAUGUCGCUAUGAUGAGCCUCAUAGCUAAACUCAAUUAUGCUUAUGUGCCAACCUUGAAGUCCCAUGCUCUAGAGUUGCCGUACCAGGAUGAUCGGUACUCUAUGAUUUUAUUAGUACCUCAAGACCGUAAUGCUGAAAUUAGUCUGUUUCGGGACCUGCCCAAUAUCGGACUGCCACAAAUAUUGCAACUUAUGGAGCGUAUUGAGGUCAUUCUCAGAAUGCCUAAGUUUGAUGUGGAAUACAGGGAGGAUAUGGUGGGACCUUUGCAAAAUAUGCGUAUUUCUACUCUAUUCUCUCAAUACGCUAACCUCUCAGGUAUCUUUGGUAUAUAUGAAUCUGCCAAUGUAAACAGUAUGUUCCACUCGGUCCACAUGAAAGUUGAUGAAGCAGGUACAGUUGCAGCUGCAGCCAGUACUAGUGCAGUUGUGCCUUUGAGUAAUGACCAGGUGCGAUUGGACAUUAACCAACCCUUCUUAUUCUUUAUAAGGGAUAACAAGUUCGAAGUAAUACUAUUUGAAGGCAAGAUUGAAGAACCUACAGAGUUUGGUGAGGCUAGUUCUGCUGAAGGUCAAUAUCCUCAACUAGUAAACCAACCAUUCGCAAGUCACAUAUCGCAAAACCAAGCAUUAGGUCAAACAAACGUCCAUCCAGCGGCUCAAAAUUAUCCUACACCAAAUCAAGCAGUUCCAGGCACGACUAAUUAUAACCAGGCUGUUCCACAGGCUGCUCCAACUCAAUCUAGCUUUUAUCAAGAAAUUUUAAAUCAGCAAGCGUAUCAAAAAAAACUUCAAGUUCAAAAUAAUGAUCAACGUCAGUCUACUCAACUAAAUCUAAACACAGCCUCACCACCAACUCUACGUGGAAUAACAACAAGAGAUCCAUUCAAAGUUAAAAGUUAUGUCUGUCUCUUCUGUCUUUAA